AUGGCGGCAGCUGUCAAACAUGCUUGGGUGAAGUUCCUCUCGGAAACGUAUCCCAACAAAGAGGUAUUUGUGUUUGUGUCCACCACUGGACUAAGAAGUGUGCUGUCAUGUCUGGACGUGUACGAGCUGUCCUCCAAGGUUGGAUCGCUUCUGAGAAAGGCGGGGAUUAAGCCAGGAGAUAUCGUCUGCGACACACUUCCCAAUUCUCCCGAAAUGGUCGUUUGUGAUUUUGGCAUCUUAGCAGCAGGUGGAGUGAUUCUCAACAAAAUUGCUUAUCACUCUGACGGACGUGAUCUCUGUCAUAUGUUGAACACUUCAAAAUGUAAAGUGGUCAUAGCAGAUCAAAACCAGUCACCUUGCGUCUGGGAGAUCCUUAAAAAGCAAACUGAUGAGAUAUCCAGUGAUGGCCUGCUACAGUCUGAAAAGCUUCCAUUCCUAGAGCAUGUUAUAUUUGCUCCCAUAACUAAUGGGAACAACGAAUUUAUUAAGAGAAUUAAAACAGAAGAAAAUUACUUUUACACGUCUGGCUCGCCAUCUGACGCGGGAAUCAUCUGGAUGACGUCUGGAACAACAGGUCUACCGUUACUGGUCGUACGUUCACACGAAGCUCUGCUAAUCAAUGCUCGCAUCUUUGCAUCAAUAACCAAUGAGAGUUUCAGCACCGUACAUUACAACGAUAAUGCAAUGGGACACGCAUCUUCGUUUGCAAAUUCCUUUUUGGCAUCGUGUGCGAAACGUGUUUUCAUAGAUCAUAGAUUCCAACUUCCAAUAGACAAAGAAAUGUCAGAAGGCAUAGAGGUGAAGGUCGUAGAUGAGAAUCAACAAGAAACACCACCAAAUACGCAUGGCGAACUAUUGGUGCAUGCUCCUUGGAUGUUUGAUGGCUAUUGUAAUGAAGAGAAAGGCAAAUCAAAAUUCACUCAGGAUGGAUGGUUUAAAACUGACGACCUGGCCUACAAGGACAAAGACGGGUGUCUCUUUGUCAUGUGUCGAAGAUCUGACGCCAUUGCCAGGGGAGUGUACACGUGUAUCUGUCAUACUUUGAAACGCCCAUACGGUCAUUGCUCCGACAUGCCUGCGCCAAAGUAUUACAUGGUAAUGGAGAACUUCCCGUACUUGUCAUCAGACAAGCCUGACAAAACCAAACUGAUCAGUUUGGCGAAAGAAAAGUUUAACCUCAAUUAA